GUUUAACCCAAGGAGCUGCCUGACGAACUUAUAAUUUCGUAGAAGAAAAGAACGGGCUGAAAUUUGAUAUCAUGCGGGCCAGAGCAGUUCAACUCGCUAAUUACUUAUGUAGAAGAAGAGCUGGGGGCAGUCUACAAUUCCGCACUUUUUCAUCUGGAAAGGAGGAACUAACCGUUGAAGAAGAAGCUGAAAGAAAAAUUGGAUGGCUCUUAAAACUGUUGUUUGCUGGGACAGGAUCUGUAGUGGCAUACCAGUUCUUUCCUUACAUGGGAGAUAAUUUGAUGCAACAGUCUGUAUCUCUUUUGCAAGUCAAGGAUCCUCUGUUUAAAAGGAUGGGAGCUUCUAGAUUGACCCGUUUUGCAAUUGAUGAUGAGAGAAGGGUAAAGAUAGUUGAGAUGGGUGGAGCCCAAGAGCUCUUAAACAUGUUGAACACAGCUAGUGAUGACCGAACACGGAAAGUAGCUUUGAAGGCUCUUGAUGCACUCUCACAAUCAGAUGAAGUUCUUGCAUCCUUAUAUCAUGCUGGAGCAAUCACAAUUAUUAGGUCUAUCCCGAAUUCUCUCGAGGAUGCGGAUGUUGAGAGAUUCAAGUUGUCCUUGAUGAAAAGAUUCCAAGAUCAGAGAUAUGAUGGACGAUCGUGACUUUUAGCUGAGGUGGUUGCCUGGGUUUUUUCAGGCUCAAAGCAUAUAAUAUUAUAAUGAAUGAGCUGGCCAUUAAUGCGGGGAUGAGGACAAGCAAUCUCCAACACAUCUUUAAUUCAAAUAUAAUAAAGAGUAAUAUGGAUCGAGCUUCAUUUGGUUCACAUCAGCACCACGUGGAAUACCCCACUAAUCGUUGUCCAUUUUUAUUGACAGUAUGCGAUGAUUCAUCUUUCAUGCUUUAUUGGCUUGGGUUAUUUCUCACACAACUAAGUCCUUUUCAUUUUGUUUCUAACCACAUGGAUCUAGUAGGGUGACACGAGGGCCUGAGCUAUUCGCUUCAAUUUAGGCUGAAACUUGUGUUCGUAACUGUACCAAGAGAAACUGCUGAACAUACAAAUUAAAAUGUACCUGCUAUUGAUGGUUGAAACCUUAAAUUUCUGAUUAAA